UGUGAUGUCUUCACUAUUAUUCUACAAUGUAGUAAAAGUAAAGAAUAAUUUCAUAGUGCUUAUAUUAAGCAAACCAGGCAGCACAAUUGUCUUUCUUUUUCAAAUUUACGAAUAGCCAGGGGCACACUACAACAGUCAGAGAUCAUUUACAAAUUAAGCAUUUGUGUUUAAUGAGUCCUUCAGAUCAGAGGCAGUAAAUGUCUGAAUUGGGCCAUUUUCUUGUCCUGCUAAGCAUUCAAAAUAUAGCAAGUAUUUUUGGGUGUGAGGGAAAAUGUAUGGAGUAAAAAAAGUGCAUUAUUUUCUUUAGGAAUGUAGUGAAGUAAUAGUAAAAGUUGUAAAAAAUAUAAAUAGUAAAGUACAGAUGCCCCAAAAAACAACUUAAGUGGUACUUUACACCACUGACAAGGAGGUAUAGAUCCUUUCACACACUGACAAACUAAUACAUAUGUAGAUAUGCAAGUACAUUCAGUAAAAUAACAGCUGUAGGCUGCUCACUUGUUCACACUGUUUAUUAAAACUCACUCAUGGACACAUGAGACAAAGGGUGUAUAGUCUAUCUACCGGUAAGCCAGUGGAGAAGGGCUGAGAGGAGCUGUGUUGAUACCUAAUCGGUCUGGCUCCCCCAGGGCGGCCUGGGAGGAUGCGUAGCUAAUCCACCAAAGAAGAAAGUGUCUGUGAUCUACUUGGUCCCCCGAGGAACCUGCACUUGUCCUGUCAUCACUUUCCUUCGCUGCAGAUCAAGAACUUAACGCUGAUUCUACUUACCCUUUUUCUUGUUCCUCAAAUAGUACUUCCUGUAUGGUUGCCAAGUCAGUCACAAGGAGUUGGAUCAUUGAUUAUGUGGCCAUUUUAUUUGAUUACACCUAGUCCUAUUGAUUGUAGCUCAUUGAAAAGUGUAAACCAUUGGAUUUUGUUGAGAAAGAUUAAAGCUCAUUGGGAACAGGGGUCUUUGAUUAGGAUGUCAGUUUUAAGUACUAUCCACAACAGUCUAUUUGAUUUUGUUUGUUUAAAACGUUUUGGGGAGGCUACCAUUACCACAAGCAUAAUGGGAUGGGAUAUUGGGAUAGUGACCUAGGGCCUCAUUUAUAAAACAGACUUACGGUCAAUUCUGAUCUUAAGUUUGACUUACGCAGAAAACCACAUAAGUAGUUAUUUAUAAAACCUUACUUUGACGUGGAAAUGAUCUUAUCUCUACGCAAAGUCCCGACGUAAGUGAUUUUCCUGCUGGUUAUGUAGGGGUAUUGCAGUUUGGGACGCAUCUGAGUCCAAGCAUGUGGGAACUUUGCAUUAGCUUUACGAACAAUUUGUUAGGAAUGAUCAAUUAAAAGGUGUGAGGAAUUAAUUGCCAGAAGCAAAGUGUUUUGAAUUAAAAACAGGAUGCGAUGUUCUAUAAAUAGUGUGUCAAAUUAGAAAAAAGUAACCAUGGCUAUUCUUGCAUUAUAGAAGGGGGAGAGUUUUAGAAGGGAGAGAGUUUCCCGAGACCGGAAUUACUUUUUUUGCACAUGACGAUCCAUGGCUUAUAAAUCGCUAUUGUCUCCCAAGCAAUGUUCUGUUAGAUUUGUGCUUGGAUUUAGCCCCUAAUCUGGAAAGGAAGACACGGGUAUGGCAUGAUUACAGCGUAUCUGUCCAAGUACUGUCCACUUUGGGAUUCCUCUCUACUGGGACACUCCAGAGGGAAAUGAGUGACAGGUCGGGUAUAUCACAGCCAUCAUUCAGCCGCAUCCUGCCUACACGCAUUGUCCACGAGAUACGUUCAUUUCCCAUUUACAGGCGCGUCAAAGCCGAGUUUGUUCGCUUGUUUAAUUUCCCAUGACAGCAUUACAUAUUGCCUUACACGCACCGUCUGUAGCUGAACAUGUAUAUGUUAACAGGAAGAAUUUCCAUUCAUUGAAUGUUCAGAUCAUCUGCGAUGCCCAUAUGCAGUUAUGCUCGAAGUGGCCAGGGUCUACGCAGGACUCAUUCAUUCUGCGCCACAGCAGAGUAGGCCUGCGUCUAGAAGCUGGUGACCGGGGCUAUCAACUGAAAGCGUGGCUUCUCACUCCCUCUGCAGAACCCCGAACAACAGAGGAAAUGUGCUAUAAUUUGGCGCAUGGCAGAACAAGGUCGGUGGUGGAGGGCACCAUCGGACUGCUGAAGGGCAGUAGGCGUUGCCUUGCUGCAUCAGGUGGAAAGCUCCUCUACAAGCCAGAGAAGGUGACACGCAUAAUACUGGCAUGUGGUAUGCUCCACAACAUAGCCCUGAGGCAUGGUAUUGAAAUGGAUGCAGAGAUUAGAAUGGACCCCCAAGAGCCUCCUAACCCACCACCAAAUGGAGCACCUGCCCCGGCUGAUGCAGUGAGGAGGAGGCGGCAGCUCAUGCUGAGAUUGGUGGACUGAGGCGGUCAACGUGUGGAUGCAGGACUGAGGCGGUCAACGUGUGAAUGCAGGACUGAGGCGGUCAACGUGUGGAUGCAGGACUGAGGCGGUCAACAUGUGGAUGCAGGACUGAGGCGGUCAACAUGUGGAUGCAGGACUGAGGCGGUCAACAUGUGGAUGCAGGACUGAGGCGGUCAACAUGUGGAUGCAGGACUGAGGCGGUCAACAUGUGGAUGCAGGACUGAGGCGGUCAACAUGUGGAUGCAGGACUGAGGCGGUCAACGUGUGAAUGCAGGACUGAGGCGGUCAACGUGUGGAUGCAGGACUGAGGCGGUCAACAUGUGGAUGCAGGACUGAGGCGGUCAACAUGUGGAUGCAGGACUGAGGCGGUCAACAUGGGGAUGCAGGACUGAGGCGGUCAACGUGUGGAUGCAGGACUGAGGCGGUCAACGUGUGGAUGCAGGACUGAGGCGGUCAACGUGUGGAUGCAGGACUGAGGCGGUCAACGUGUGGAUGCAGGACUGAGGCGGUCAACGUGUGGAUGCAGGACUGAGGCGGUCAACGUGUGGAUGCAGGACUGAGGCGGUCAACGUGUGGAUGCAGGCGUGGGUGGACCCUCGACACCUGUGGCCAAACCUUGCUCCUCACUCCUGGCACCUGCUGAUUUGGGAACCCUCCCUGGGUGGAGGGGGCACACUCACCCAGCGCACGGGCUGCAACAAAGCUUCCUCGUUUCUAUGUGAAUAAAAUACAUCAGCGCAUGUCUUGUAUAUUAAGUUACUGACAACCAAGUUUCACAUCCUCUUAAUUUCUUACCGUGAUCCGGUGAUGCAGCCCUGGGGGUUUCGCGCCAACUUCACCGUUUCCAAUGUUACUGCUAAACAAUGUAAAAGUUGGGA